AUGGCGGACAGCAAAGAGCAAGAGCAGGUGUUCGACAUUCCGAAGACGUGCAAGGCGGGUGUCGUUGUCAACGAAGGUCCGGACUUUCGCAUCGAAGUUCGAGAUGUGCCGGUCCCAGAGAUACAACCGCACGAAGUUCUUGUCAAGCUCAACGCGACCGGAAUCUGCCACUCCGACCUACACUUCAUGCUCAAUGACUGGGCCCUACCUAAGAUGUCCGAGCUCGGUACGCAAUGCGCAGGACACGAGGGUGCCGGUGUAAUUGUGAAGGUUGGCUCGAACGUCAAGACUUUGAAGCCUGGCAUGAGAGCUGGUCUUAAGCCCAUCCAAGAUACCUGCGGCGCCUGCGAGCUCUGCCGUACAGAUAACGAAUGCUACUGCGCAAAAGCCGUCCUGACUGGCCUGACAAUAAAUGGCUCAUACCAGCAAUACAUCGUCUCCCCCGAACGCUACACCACCAUCAUCCCCGAUGGAGUGUCCGAUAUUAUCGCCGGUCCGAUUAUGUGCUCCGCAUCUACAAUUUAUACAUCGAUUAAGGAGUCCGGUCUACAACCAGGUGACUGGGCUGUCUUCCCUGGCGCAGGCGGCGGUGUCGGCAUGCAGGGCUUGCAGCUCGCCAAAGCUAUGGGUCUGCGAUCUGUUGCAAUAGACACAGGGGCGGAAAAGAAGAAGCUCUGCGUUGAGAACGGCGCAGAGCACUUCAUCGACUUCAAGGAGGUGUCCAACAUCGCCGAGGAAGUGGUCAAGCUAUGUGAUGGCAUCGGUGCGCAUGCCGUGUACGUGACUGCCGUGCAGUCCUACUCACAGUCCAUCUCAUUUCUAGGCGGCAGAGUCGGAGGAAAGGUUAUGUGCAUUGGACUGCCUCCGGUAGGAGCCCACCACAUCGAUGUGGACCCGAACCAGAUGUGCUUCAGGAGGCAGUCGGUGCAGGGCACGCUGGUCAGCAGUAUGGGCGAUGUCGACAAAACGCUCCAAUUUGCACAGAGAGGAUUACUGAAGCCAAUUUGCACGGUGUACCCGUUGAGCCAGUUCAAUGAGGUGGUACAGAAGCUGAGGAGAGGAGAGAUCGCUGGCAGGGCCGUGAUAGACUUCAACACCGAAUAG